AUGACUUGUGACAUGUAUACAACUGGAAGCCAUCUGGUCUCUCAUUAUUCUGAAGGCUUUGGAAUUUUCAGUUUAGAAAGGCUUCCUGUACCAGAUAAGCCUCUGAAGAAGCGAAAACAAGAAAACAAACCACAGGAGGCUGGUGGUGCUACUGGAGGAAAUAGACCAACUUCUCAGGAGACAUGUUCUGCAGGAAAUGGGGCAAGGCCACCACUGAUGGUUAGUAUUGACCUUCAGCAAGCAGGAAGAGCGGACUCUCAGGCAACAGCAACUCAGGAUUUGGAUGCCUUCAAAAAAAAAGAAGAAAUAAAGCAGUACAAUGAUGGGUUUGUGUGUUUUCCCCAAGAAGACACUGUUGGAAUUAAACCUGAAAACCAUCCUGAGAUUUUUAGGAAAAAGGCAGACUUUGGGGGUCAAAAGACAGCUAUCCAACAAAAUGAAAACAGACAGAUGGAAUUUCAGAAAAAUGAGAUCAACAGAAGGUUGGAAAGUAAACUGAAUGAGAACAAACAGAUAGAGGCUAAAUAUGAAAACAAGCAUGAAAGCAGUCAAAUAGAGCUGAAACAAAAUGAGAACAGACAGACAGCGUCAAAACAAAAUGAGAGCAGGGAAAUGGAGAUAAAACAAAAUGAGGGAAAGCAAAAUAAUGGCAAACAGGAAAUAAGACAGAGGCCUGAAAUGCCAAAACAGAAGACUGAAGGCAGGCCUGAAAUGCCAAAACAUAGACAUGACAGUAGGAGGGACUCCAGUAAACUGUUGUCAGAUAAGAAAAUUGAAAUAACUAGGCAUAAAACAGAUGUGAAAUCUGAUCCUUCAAAGGUAAAAUGUGAAAGUAGAUCAGAUUUAGUGAAAAAAAGGCCUGAUGGGCGUUCAGUUUCUGAUACACUGAGGUGUGACCACAUUAACCUUAAACAAAGAUCUGAGGACAGAGGGGAGUCAGAGAGAUACAGAGGAGAUCCGUUCAAGAUAAGACGACCUGAGUAUUUGAGAUCCUCAAACAAAAAUGAACAUGAUUCUAAGCAUGGUAUAAAAUCUGAUGUUUCAAAAACUGAGAAAUUUGAAAGGAAGCACAGACAUGAGUCUGGUGAAUCAAGGGAAAGAUUUUCAUCUGGGGAUCAGAAAUCAAGACCUGACAGUCCUCGUAUUAAACAGGAAAGUAAAGGAGACUGUAGUAAAUCAAGACCUGAUAAACCUGGUUUUAAAUCACCCAACAGCAAGGAUGAACAAAGGACAGAUGGUAAUAAGAGUAAAGUAGAUAGCAAUAAAAUACAUACUGGCAAUAAAGCAGAGUUUCCCAGUUACUUGUUGGGGGCAAGAUCUGGCACGCUGAAACAUUUUGUCAUCCCAAAAAUCAAGCGUGAUAAAGAUGGCAAUGUCAAUCAGGAGUCAAAGAAAACUGAAUGUAAAGGUGAACAAAAGGAGAAAGUAGAGAAGAUUGGGCUAGUUGAAGACCUAAAUAAAGGAGCUAAGCCUGUAGUUGUCCUUCAGAAGCUUUCUUUGGAUGAUGUGCAGAAAUUCAUUAAAGAUAGAGAAGAUAAAUCAAGGGGCUCAUGUUUUAAGCCUAACAAGAGCAAGUCAUCCAAAUCUAAUAAAGGUAAGAUCGUUGGUUUUUUUUAAUGCAUUUUAUUUUGUACACUCCUGUUCUGUUCUUUUAGAUUUGCUAUUCCUGUGGUUAAAAAUUAAAUACAAAAGUUUGAUAGUUUAUAUGCUUGCUUAUAUGGUGAUUUUGGGGAAUCAAAGUGAAACUCAAUUCAGGACUUGUUAUUGGAAAUACUGCUCCAAUGUAAGUGAAGUGAUUUAUGUACUCUGAUGCGAGUACCUUAUGUGGGAAAACUUAAAUGGUUUUAAGCUGCACUUCCAUCUACAUUAGUUUAAUUGGUAAUUUCUCUAGUUUAACAUAACUGAUAUAUGUAUGAAUGAAACUGGUUUAAGUGUGUCUGGAUAAGUGACUGUUACUACUAUAACUAAAUUAGCGUACCUGGAGUGGUACUUACACAAGCACUAAGAUACUUUUAUAUUUUUAAUUAGGACCGAAAUGU